AUGGAUCCGUCAACUUUGCAGAGACCUCCCACACCAACAGCCCAACCACCCAAGACGUUACAUUUGGGGACCUUGUCGACACUGCCAUCGGAACUGCGCAACCAAGUAUUCCUGCACUGCAUCGGCAACCGCUCGGUCGGCAUCCUUCGCGCAAGCAAGCAGUUAUGUGGGGAAUUCAUCCCGCUGCUAUACGAGGAAUUCAAGUUGGUGUUCCACGUAGACCCAACCGAUCCACUGUCAAGAGUGAGGAUCCUCAACCAGAACGGCCGGGUAGUGGAGUGUUUGCCGUACCAUCGAGACACUGUGCUGGACAAGAUGCCCAUCGACCGGUUCAAGUCGAUUCGUAUUUUGGUGGAUGCGCCAGAUCCCCAGGACCCAGGUCAGUUGUUGAGGGCGUGGAAGCAGUGCACAUCGUUGAUGACGGCGCUGCUACCGCAGUGGAGGGGUCGCAACAGACUCCCGGAGUCUCCACAGGAUUACCAUCUUCCGCCAGUGAGGAGAAGCAACCGAUUACCGCCAAUACUUAUCCAAUUCCGAGAUGCGGAUACGAAUAGCGCCGGCACUGGAAGUUGGACUUCAGAAUCUCCUUAUGCUGAUGGAGAAAGACUCUGGAAUCGCAGUGUUCCUAGUUAUCGAUCCUGGAAUGCUGAGAGAAAGACGACCUUCCCCACCAAUUUGAGAUCCGGUUUCCACCAUUGCGACCUUGACAUUAUUCUAGCGGCUUUCUGGCGCAUCAGAGACGCUGAUUCGGUGGAUGUGCAGCUCCCGCCAUCGCCAUCCACACUCGACGAUCAACCCUGGACUGUCGACGAAGCGCUCCGGAGGCUCGACCUGUUCACUAAGCAUAAUAUGCCUUUUGGCUGUGAUCCACGGGGCACGGGCUGUCUCGACGACGAUGACUAUAUCCUGAGUAACGAGGACAGCAUGCAUCUGUGGUUGGACUACCUGCUGGACGAUCUUGGAGGACCUACGGCCCCAUUUUUGAGACGGCAACGGUACCAGAAUUGGUGUGACGAAUAUGAAUAUCUCGUCGGUCGUCGAAUAAAUGGGUUCUAUCAACCCAAGAGACUGAGCCAGUGGUAUCCUGAGAAGGAUGUGGUUGGAUCGCCGCUAGGUCUCGUCCCCAACCAUCUGAUCGAAAUGAUCGGGAGGGCUUUCCGUGACCGGUUCUGGGCAGGGUGGAUGGAAACUGGCAACCUGGAAAUGCCUCGGAACUCGGAGCCCUCAGGAGAGCAUUUCGAUCGGGAGGCAUCCACAAUCAAUCACAUGAACCAAGUGAACGGACACAUCUAUCUGCGCGGCCCUGGCGGUCCGCAGGAUGGCUGGGAACUCACCUGGCCAGAAGGGUUGCCCCAGAUGUCUGCACUGCAUCCCGCCGUCGGGAACGGUCUUCGAGAGCCCCAUCCACAGCGCGACCAGCCACUAGAGCUGUUUGUGCCCGAAUCUUGGGGAAACAUUACAAACGGCGACCUGCACGGACGUAUCCGAUGGGAAACAUGUGGAGAAUGUCAGGACGCGCGGUGUCGAUGGGAGGAAGAGCAAGAGGAGCGCGAUAUGCACGCAAAUGAUGACUGGGAUGUGCCUUAUUGA